GCGCUCCCACCGCCCGCGGAAAUAUGUUUCGGUGCGUCGGCGAACAGACGACGCAACUUGUUUCCCUUUUUUUCCACUUGGCUAUUUGCUGCUUUCUGUCUCCGCACACACGCACACGCACACACACACACACACGCACCCCCCCGCGCGCACAGUGGCUUUGCCCGGCGGUGAGUGUAGAGUAGGAGGGGAAACAUUCCUUUCCGUACCCGGUGGUUUUCAUCCAGCGCGCGCUUCUCUCUCUCUCUCUCUCUCUUUCUCUCCCUCCCUCCCUUCCACUCAUUUUUCCACUCCUCUCUACGUACAACCUCCCGGUUUCUCAAUCGUGAUGACAGUCGAGGCGAACGCGUGAGCGGAUCCCACAGGUGUGUUGUUGCUAAAUGAGCCACGGCUCUUGGAGACUCACACACGCGCGCACACACCUGGAAACUACCAUGUGACUCGUUACCUGGGCGUGGAGAAAGUCCCUGAUAUUCUACCCGGAUAGUCUUUUGUUGAGGAGUUGCCCGGUUCGCCUUUCAACGGGAAUUGGCAAAUCGUGUCAUUCAAGUAGCGUCAGCCCGUGUUGUCUACGGAAUAGUGCCUUUCUCAACCCUCCCCUCACAGGACGUGUGAGGAGAGUAACAUGUGAACUUGAUUCCGGACUCCUGUUUUUUUUUUUUGUUCUUUUUACUAUUUCACCAGAGGACUCUUCGUUAUCUGGACUUUUUCGCGGUGUUUGUGCAACUACUCUCCUCGCUGUUUUCUCCUCCAAGAGCCCGGGCCCUUAAUGAAGCUGGGGGUCAGCAGCAGUGUGCGGCUAAUUGGCCAAGUUUGCCCGGGGCUCCGGCUGCCUGUGAUUGAAGUGUCCAGCGAGGGCCCACUGUGCAGCCGCUGCUGCACCCUGUUCUGUUCCACUCCAACAGCCAAGACGCUCACUGCACCCCUGUCUGCGACUCCCUAGUGAGUAGCACCCGAGAGAUGGCAAGCUGGGUCUCCCUCCUCCUCUUUCUCUUCUGCCAGCCAGUCUCACAAGCCCAGGAGGAGAGCAGCACCAUCCCCAUCCUAUUCACCUCUGAAACCUCCAUCAACAAUGUGGUCCAGGACCCCCAGACCGGUCGAAUCUACCUGGGGGCGGUCAACGCCAUCUACCAGCUGGGGCCGUCCCUCCAGCGGCAGGCUCGUGCCGAGACGGGCCCCAAAAAUGACGCCCGGACCUGUACGCCUCCUGCCUCUGCCUGCCAGGACACCAAGCCCAUGCCCAACCUUAACAAGCUUCUGCUGGUCCAUCCCACCAACGGUUCACUCAUCGUCUGUGGCAGCCGCUACCGAGGCAUCUGCUCCCUCCACAACCUGACCAACGUGGAACAGCAGCUGUAUUACAGUGACAUUAAAGGAGAGAGGACUUACGUGACUAGCAUAGAGGAUAACGUGAACGUGGUGGGCGUCAUGUCCAACUACUCAAAAGAUGGUCACACCUUCAGUGUGUUUCUUGUUGGGAAGGGCUUCGGAAGCCUGGACACUGCAAAACUCAUCAGCACACGAAUCCUUCAGGACUUCCGUGAUUGGGUCGUGUUCGAGAGCAUCAUUGAGGCAUCUACGGUGCAGACGACGCCAUUUGUUCCCAAGUACCUGCAUGACUUCCGCCAUGCCUUCAAAGAGGAUGGUUUUGUUUAUUUCCUCUUUUCGCGGACACUUGAUGGUUCGGAUAAUAAAAACGUCACCUUUGUGUCUCGUCUUUGUGAAAAUGACGACCAUUACUACUCCCACACAGAGCUCCAGUUAAACUGCGGCCAAAAUAACAGAUACAACAAAGUUCAAGCUGCGUAUGUGGCUUCACCGGGAAAAGAGCUGGCACGGGCCAUGACUGAAUUAGGUAUGUAUGGGAAGGUCGUGUCAUGGAGCAAAGUUCUGUUCAUGGUAGCGAGUCCCGAUGACGACGUCAACGACUCGGCUCUCUGCAUGUACCCACUCAACUCCAUCAAUGAGCGCUUGGUGGACAUCAUCAGCGCCUGCUACAGUGACUCGGGGAAAAUUGGCGAUUUACCCGCUGUGGGAAUCCCCUACUCAUCAAAAACUGACUGCACAUCAACAAUUUCGAAAGAUACUUUGGAAAACGUCAAGUGUGGUGGAGACUAUCUGCCGUCCCCUCUGGCCAGCAAUCCGGGAUUUGCCUUAAAGGCAGUUGCGGUUUGGGCCAAGUCGGGCUUGCUGUCUGCUGUGGCCGUUGCUGUGGAGAAUGAUCACACCAUCGCCUUCUUGGGGAACACCCAGGGGGAGGUUUUCAAGGUACACCUGACCGAGACGGGAUACAUGUACAGUCGGGCUUCUGCUGACCCCAUGGGAGAGAAGGUCAACAAGAACCUUUUCUUUGAUCGCAGUCAAAGCCACCUCUACAUUACCACAGAGAAGAAGAUCACCAAGGUGCCGGUGCAGACGUGCCUCCAAAAGGAGGACUGCCAAUCAUGUGUGGAACUGAGGGACCCUUACUGUGGCUGGUGUGUCCUGGAGGGCAGGUGUACCAGGAGGUCUGAGUGCCGACGGGCGGAGGAGAAGAAUGGCUGGCUGUGGAGCCCCAGGCAGCAGUGUGUCAAGAUCGUCUCCUUCUAUCCCCCAAACCUUUCUUGUAAAAAGACUCAGAAGGUGAAGAUCAACAUCCCCUCCCUUCCUGUGAUUGGGCUUUCUGACCGUUUGCUGUGCACCUUUAAGUCGGUCGAGAGUGAAGGCACCAUGUCUGACUCUGGUCAGGUCUCCUGCGAUCUACCCAGCCCUUCGCUUAUACCACAUACACCUGAGGACCAAGACUUUGUGGCCGUGGCCGUCAGGAUUUUUGUUAACGAGACUGUGGAGCUGGCUACGCGGGAGUUCAAGUUCUAUAACUGUGCUGCCACAUUUAGGAAAUCCGAAAACACACCGUGCAUGUCAUGCGUGGCCAGUUCGUGGGGCUGCCAGUGGGACACAUACGCCCACACCUGCAGUGACAUGGACGACAGUCUGAUGGGUGAGAACAUCAUCAAGCACCGUCAGGGAGCGAAGUGUCCUCAGUUUGAGAAUCCAGAUCCUGUGCUGAUCCCUGUGGGCUACAAGACUCCUAUCGGCUUCGAGGGGAUAAAUUUGAACCUCAACCAGGGUCGUGUUGUCACGAUCGGCACUGCACUGAUGAGAAACACGGAAGAGGAGGUCAAUAUUGACGACGGGCCGUUGUACGUCUUCAGCGGCUUCAAUUUUUCUUACGACAAGUCACCGGAGACCAAUGUUCUCUUCUACGUGAAGGACAAAGAGUCGGGCAAGAAGAUGGACAGCACGCUGAACGUCACCCUGUAUAAUUGCUCCAUAGGGAGGGAGGACUGUAGUCUCUGUAAGAAUGCAGAUCCAAAGUACAGGUGUGUGUGGUGCGCCAAGCAGAGGGCGUGUGUGUACAACGAGCUGUGCAAUCCUGACCAACAACGGUCCGAGGAUCCUUACAACACCGAGUGUCCCGACCCCCAGAUCACCGAUAUCAUCCCUCUUUUCGGCCCCCUGCGUGGAGGGAUCUCCAUCACCAUCCGGGGCUCCAACCUCGGCAUCCACAAGGAAGACAUUAUAAGCAUCAGUGUGGUUGGGGUGCCCUGUAUCCAUCAGAAGGAGAAGUACUCUGUUUCCACAAGCGUGGUGUGUGAGAUCGGCCCUGUUGGCCCCAUCAAUGGUAACUGGGGCCAGGUGGAGGUGGAGGUGAAGGGAGGAAAGAGAGGAACCUCUUCCAUCUACUUCACCUACAGGGACCCGAUUCCAGAGGAGGUGAAACCCUCUAGAGGUCCGAAAGUUGGGGGCACCGUCAUUACCAUUUCUGGACAUUCUCUGGACACUGGCAGUAAGGAGGAUGUCCAGGUUACCAUCGGAGGGGUGGACUGCACUGUGUUGCACUUCGGAGCAGAGAUCACCUGCAGGACAGGAGAAUACCGAACAGAUAAGGUGCCCUCUGACUCUCUCACCGUCACGGUGAAGUAUGGAAAGAGUACCACAACAACCAUCCCAAGUGCCUUCCAAUUCUUGGAAAAUCCCUUCGUGCUGGACCAUCACCCCAAAGAAAGCUUUGUCUGUGGAGGAAGGAACAUUGUGGUGACCGGCUCCGGCUUUAACCUAAUCCAGACUGCAGUCCUGAAGGUCCAAGGAGACGAUUCAAUAGCCUUUGAGAAAGCCCACGAGAAGAACGACACGGUCAUCCAGUUUCGGUCUCCAACAGUAAACAGCUCCCUGAACCAGCCCUUUAAAACCUACAUCCAGCUUGACAACUUGGAGAAGGUACUAAAGCCCUUCGACUACCACCCUGACCCCAGCUUCAACGAGCUGACCAAGAAGGUCAUCACGGAGGCCAGCAUCAUCAUCGUGACUGGUCGGGGAUUCUCCAAAGCUAUGACGGCCAGAGAGGCUCAAGCGUAUGUGGGUGACGUUACCUGUCUGGUCAACACACUUCAGGAUGACAAGUUGUUUCUGGACCCACCUUCCAGCACGCCCAGCGCUCGCUCCAGACGGCACCGCAGAGACACUCGGCCCGAGCUGCUGGACUUAACGAUCAUGUUUGGGAAAGGGGAGUGGGUGGUCGGCUCGGUAGAAUACGAGAAGAAGAAUGAUUUGCCACUCUACGUCAUCAUCCCUGCUGUCAUUGUCCCCAUGCUGCUCAUCAUCGCCAUCUCUGUCUACUGCUACAGGAGAAAGAGUCAGCAGGCAGAGAGGGAGUACGAAAAGGUGAAACAUCAGCUUGAGAAUCUGGAGGAGAGCGUGCGGGACCGCUGCAAGAAAGAAUUCACAGACUUGAUGAUCGAGAUGGAGGACCACACCAAUGAACUGAGCGAGGGACGAAUCCCCUUCCUGGACUACAAAACCUACACCGAACGCGUCUUCUUCCUGCCCUCUAAGGACGGUGCCAAUGAUGUGAUGAUCACAGGAAAGCUCGACAUCCCAGAGGCUCGACGGGCCACAGUGACUCAGGGGCUCAACCAGUUCUCCAACCUCCUGAACUCAAAGACCUUCCUCAUUACUUUUAUCCGUACCCUGGAGCGCAGUCAAGACUUCAACGCCAGGGCCAAGGUGUACUUUGCAUCCCUGCUGACGGUGGCUCUGCACGGGAAACUGGAAUACUACACCGACAUUAUGAGAACACUGCUGCUGGAGCUGAUUGAGGAAUACGUCCACAGCAAGAACCCUAAACUCAUGUUGCGCAGAUCAGAGACAGUGGUGGAAAGGAUGCUAUGUAACUGGAUGUCUAUCUGCCUUUACCAGUUUUUGAAGGACUCUGCAGGAGAGCCCUUGUACAAACUGUUCCGAGCCAUCAAGCACCAGAUCGAGAAAGGGCCCGUGGACGCCAGAGUGAAGAAAGCCAAGUACACCCUCAACGACACGGGCCUGUUGGGCGACGAUGUAGAGUACUCCGUCUUGACCCUGCAAGUGCUGGUGCAGGGCGAGGGUCCAGAUGUGACGCCCGUCAAGGUGCUGAGCUGUGACACCAUCUCGCAGGUGAAAGAGAAGAUCAUUGAGCAGGUGUACAGGAACCUGCCGUACUCCCAGCGGCCCAAGGUUGACAGUGUCACACUGGAGUGGCGCCCGGGCUCAACAGGACAGAUUUUGUCAGAUCUGGACUUGACUUCCCAGAAAGAGGGCAGAUGGAGACGCUUCAACACUCUGGCACACUACAACGUGCGAGAUAACGCCACAUUAGUCUUGUCCAAAGUGUUCUCCAUUCAGCAGAACUAUGACCAGGAAAACCAUGAAGAGCGGAAUGCUCUGUUGGAAGAUGACAAAGUGUUUCACAUGGUGAGGCCGGCAGACGAACUGGAUGAGAUCAAAUCUAAACGAGGGAGCAUAAAGGACAAGUCGAUGACCAAAGCCAUUACAGAGAUCUAUUUGACGCGACUCCUUUCUGUCAAGGGAACACUGCAGCAGUUUGUGGAUGACUUCUUUCGCAGCGUGCUGUGCUCUGGGUCAGUGGUGCCACCGGCUAUCAAAUAUUUCUUUGACUUCCUGGAUGAGCAGGCGCUGAAACACAACAAUGUGGAUGAGGAGACCAUCCAUAUCUGGAAGACUAAUAGCCUUCCUCUGCGGUUCUGGGUGAACAUCCUCAAGAAUCCCCACUUCACCUUUGACGUCCACGUGUCUGAAGUGGUGGACGCCUCGCUCUCCGUCAUCGCCCAGACCUUCAUGGACGCCUGUACCAAGAGCGAGCACAAACUCAGCCGGGACUCUCCAAGUAACAAACUACUCUAUGCAAAGGAGAUCUCCACUUAUAAGAAGAUGGUGGAUGAUUACUACAAGGGCAUCAGGCAGAUGGUUCCUGUCAGUGAUCAGGACAUGAACACUCAUCUGGCAGAGGUGUCACGGUCUCACACAGACAAACUGAACACACAAGUGGCUCUCCAUCAGCUUUACCAGUACGCCAGCAAAUACUAUGAUGGGAUCAUCGCAUCCCUAAACGAGGACCCAGCUGCCCAGAGUAAACAGCUGGCCCUGCGGCUCCAGCAGAUAGCAGCCAUCCUGGAAAACAAAGUGACUGAUUUCUAACCCACGAGUGGAGGAAGGGAGGGAGGGAGGGGAAUGGUAGGAUACCGCCAGUAGUACAUGGGCUUAUUUCUUCUUUUAGAGAAUAAAACAUGGAAAUAAAGAAAGGUGAGAGGGGACUCAUGUGGUCGUGUAAAUUGUACAUCUUGGCCUUGGGACAAAUUUUCUGUGCUGUGGAGUAGCAGGGACUAAUGAAAUGCAGAUAGAGAGUAAAAUGGGGAAGAAAAUGAUGUGUUACACUGUCAUAGGUACGCCUUAAAGCUCACUUGCCAAACCUUAAAGGUCUGCUCGCUCAUUUAUGCUUCACUGAAUAUUGCUCCCACAAUGCAGUGCGGUAGACCUAUCUCUGAGAGUUAAGCCCCUCUGUGGAGCACAGGCGAUAAUCAGAUGUUCAAUUUCUUUCUGUGUAGAAAAGGUUAAGAAUUGUAUUAUAUAUUUUUUUUAUUGUGCAGUCUUUAUGCGGAAAGCUUUAUAAGGAAAACAAAUUAUCUUUUUAAAUGGAUCACCGUGUGGUGCGGAUAGUGUUUUUAUUAGCCUGUGUGUGCGUAGAUGUCUGCGUGAAGUACAACAUGUGAACAAGAGCGUGCGUUGCUAAAUUUUGUGUGUGUGUGAAUGUGUGCGAAUGCGUGUGCACACACAGGAUGCCUACUGUCAGGCGUGAAGGCGAAGGGACGCCUGCUUUCCGUCAUUUUAAUCCCCCAUACCCAGUGACACACUGGAGCCUGUGCUCUGACGAGCUGUUUGACAGAGACCAAAGGGUCCUCACAAGGACACUGGUUAAUCUAGCAAUGCACAGGCUCACAUGAUUGAUAGGUCAAUAGUAGUUUCAGAAAUGUUUGAGUAAAAUAAUUUUGACUCAGAUUUGCUUCAAGCUGGAUUGCCAUUUGUGCAUGUGGAAAUCGAUAAUAGCACAGUCUGUCUCCCUUUAUUGUACAGUGCCAUGAUACAUUCCACUUCAACUAAAGCACAGAAGGACAUUUCAAAAGGUUUUUUAAGACAUUUCAGUUCAUAUUUUUUCUGUGCUGUAAAACUUUUUUUUAAGUGUCGGCUAGAAGCAACUUUACUCUCCCAUGGAACAAUGUUAGCCCUGCAAUAAUAUCAGAAUAUCAUGAGCCACAAUCGACACUUGCAUUAGCUUACUAUGUGUAUUCACAUCCAGUAGCAAUUCAGCAAUAUGUUAGAGAAAUUUCCAAAUUGAUUCAUUUAUUGUCAGUGUUCAUGAUUUUUUUUUUAGUGCCCUUUUUUUUGUAUUGCUCUUGUAAUGUUCCAAAUAGUCAUCGAGCAUCCGGCCGCUAAAGCUAUGAAAUAGACUUGCUGAUUACCUGCCAGAGAUGCAGUUGCUUCUUGGUAUGUUUUGAACAAAUUACAGCGAUUCUAGCCUUUUGUGUGAUGUUCGGGAGAUCAGAUUCAAUCAUGUACAUAAUUGUUGUAGUAAUUGAGUCGUUGAUAUGUCAGUGUCAGAUCCGAGGUGUCGACAGGGUAGGAAUGAGGGUUUGAUAUUUCUUGGGCCAUUGAACGCCGCCAUGCUUCAUCCCUUAACUGUGGGUUUUGCUGUUGACAGAUGAUUUAAUUGUACUCCCCCUAUCUGAUCAUGGAUGUGUGUAGUUGACGGAGCACAACGGCGCUCCAGAGACCCCAGAAUGUUAACGAUUCCUGCCUUGGCUAGAGAGAGGUUUGCACAGACCUCGAGCCUGUCCGUCUGCCUGCUGUCUCAGCGUGGCACCCUGGCAUCCCGACCAACAGCACUUGGCACUGCCCUCUCAGCGCAGUGCAGAGUGGCACUCUGUAUAAUGGAAUCAGCAGGGGAGGCUUUCAAUCUUAAUUGCAUACCGACCGCAGACUCCAUCCUCGUCUCCGCCGUUGUUUACUGCUGACUCCGCCCUCACUGACAGAGUUGAUGCAAGAAGCUUCUUUCAGAGCCUUUCUUUAACCAAAAAUGUGCCUUAUUGAGUAGGAUGAUACAUAUAUAUUGUUUCUAAAUUAUUCUAUUGGUAACCUAGGUGAUUAUGAUGAUAAUAGUGCUAUAGACACAGCAAUGUAUUUGGACUUGUGAUAUUAUGUGUGCUGUCUAAAUUGCUAGAUGCCCUACUGCAGCCAUGUACGUGCCAAUAGGCUGAAGACAUUUCAGUAUGAUUUCUUUUACGGUUGCCGUUUCGAUGUGUGCAUUUCCUUUGGGUGUCUGUGGCGUGUGCUUAGUAGGACUUUGUUGGCUAUAGGGCAAACGGCCAAAAUGAAUAAAUGUAAAACAAUGUGGCCAAUGUUAUUUGGGUUUCCCUUGAAAGUGUCUGGCAUUCCUAAAUUAGUCUGAAAUCAAAAGGGUGUCCUUAUGUAGACUGAAUAUAGCGCAAAAUUGUUCCAGCGGUGUUCAUUUCUUUUGCCCUGUGUUUCUAAGCUGUUCCACAGUGUGUACGAUAAAUGACUAUCUAUACUCGACAAAUGACUUUUCUUACUGCUGUGCAGUUGUUAUUUUUAUUUCAUGUUUCCUAUACCAUAUAAAUCUUUGUAAAACAUGUUGAAAUACUGUAUCUUAACUGUAUAAUCCUAUGCAUUGAGUCCUGGGACAAAAACUAAAAAAACAAAAGAGAAAAAAAGCUGUUUGUGCAGUUGUCGAGACUUUGUCCAUUUGGAAACUUGUGAAUGUGCUGUAAUGAUAUAAGAAACGGGGACACUCCAUUUUCAGUGUGGGGCCAUUAAUGGGAGCCAACUCGUCAUCCAAGGCAGCUCAGAAGAUUCUCGAUCUUGUACCUGAUUUGGUUGAACUGGAUGAACUUAAAUUUUACAAAGGUUGUGUGUGUACGGAGCAGUUACCCACAUAUUUCAUCAUACACUCCUCCGUGAAUAAACUCAGAGACAUAUACGCCCUUCA